GACGCAGACCGACGCGACGCGACGCGACGCCGGACGCGACGCGACGUCGGACGCGCGCGACGCUUCGCGCGUCGCAUGCUCGCGCGCGCGCGCGUCGCGGCGUCGUCGAGCGCGAGCGCGCGUCGUCGCGGUGCGUCGACGAAGGCGGAGCGACGACGCGACGCGUGCGUCAUGCGCGCCGAAAGCGCGCGCGCGACGUUCGAACGUGGACAAGACACCCUGCGCGUGUCGUAUGAAUUACAUCGCGAGAACCGCGCGCGCGCGGUGGAGGCGAUGCGGGCGCGCGGCGACGGCGACGGCGUCGUCGCGAUGACGGGCGGCCGGCAGACGCGACGAUACUCGACGGAUAACGAACCGUUGUUUCGACAGGAGUCGUACUUUCACUGGAUGUUCGGAGUGCUGGAGGGCGAUUGUCACGGCGCGUUGGACGCGAGGACGGGGAAGUCGACGCUGUUCGUGCCGAGACUACCACAGGAGUACGCGAUUUGGAUGGGCGCCAUCGAGACGCGCGAAUCGUUCGCGGAACGGUAUCUCGUGGACGAGGUGAUGUACGCGGACGAGUUCGAGGGGUACUUGAAGGCGUUAGACACCAAGAUAUACGUGUUAAAAGGGGUGAACUCGGACAGUGGGGACGUGACGGACGGUUUGGGGGCGGAAUUGGAAGCCGCGCUGGGGGCGACGAAGAUCGACGCCACAGACGCUUUGUUCAACGUCAUCACCGAGCUUCGCACGGUGAAGACGGCGCGCGAGCAAGAGGUUUUGAAAUACGCGAGCAAGAUUAGUUCCAUGGCGCACGUGGAGGUGAUUCGCUCGUUAAAGCCGGGAAUGAUGGAGUAUCAACUCGAAUCGUUGUUCAAGCACACGUGUUACAGUCGAGGCGGGAUGCGGAACGAAUCGUACACGUCGAUUUGCGCCGCGGGUAAAAACGGGGCAACGUUGCAUUACGGUCACGCUGGCGCCCCGAACUCGGCGCAAAUCAAAGAAGGCGAUUUAGUGUUGAUGGACAUGGGCGCGGAGUACCACUGCUACGCCGCCGACAUCACGACGACGGUUCCGGCUGGUGGAAAGUUCACCCCGGACGCGAAGAUCAUCUACGAGGGCGUUUUGGCCGCGCAUCAAGCGGUGUUGAAAGCGUUGAAGCCUGGAUGCGCGUGGCUCGACUUGCAGCGUCUCGCGGAAACGCAUAUUCUGCGCGCGUUGGUCGAUGGCGGCUUUCUCGUCGGCGACAUCGACGAGAUGAUGGCGAAACGAGUGAGCGCCACGUUCAUGCCGCACGGUCUCGGCCAUCACCUCGGCGUGGACACGCACGAUGUUGGUGGUUACGGGCUCCCGGGAACACCCGCGCGGAGCACCGAGCCUGGAUUGAAGAAUUGCAGAACAGCAUCCUUGAUGAAGGAAGGCAACGUCAUGACGAUCGAGCCGGGAUGCUAUUUCAUCGACGUUUUGCUCGACAGGGCUCUCGCCGACGGAUCCGACAUCAAGCAAUAUUUUGUUGCCGAUCGCGUGAACGCGUGUCGAUCGAUGGGUGGCGUACGAUUAGAAGAUAACGUCGUCGUCACCGCCGACGGUUGCCAGUCUUGGACGAGCGUUCCUCGCACCGUCGCCGAAGUCGAAGCCGUCAUGGCUGGCGCGUCUUGGCCGUGAGCUCAUCUCUCGCGCGCAUCGUCGCCAUCAAAUCACAAAAAUUUCUACUAGUUUUACACGUCAUCGUUA